AUGCAGGAGACGGAACUCGCAGGAUCAGGAAUCGCGUCUACUCCUACGGAUCUUGGUCGUUCAUCUAAGGACACAUGUGGUGAAGAUAGUGAGUUGAGAAAGUUUUUUUUCACCUUUAUCUCACAUUUUAACAAACUGCAUGAUAAUAACGCAAUCGAAUUAUUAUAUUAUGAUUAUAUAAAUGUUUAUGAGAGAUGUGUGAUUUCGUCAUUACAUGUAUGUAUGUUUAUAGAUAUACAGGAAGCGGAAGGGGCAGAAACAGCGACCACGUCUACGCCUCUGGACUUUGGCCGGGCUUCUCAAAAUAGAUGUGGUGAAGAUAGUGAGUAAAAUUUCAUUUAUAUCUCUCAUUUUAACAAACUGCAGAUAGAAAGUCAAUUGAACUGCAUGGACUAUUAGAAAUUAAAAAGAUACAUAUGGAAAUUUUCUCGGGAAGGAUUAUUUUCAUCAAUAAAAUUGUGCAAGAAUUUUUAACUGACUGUAUGCUGCACUCGGGUCUUUUUUUAAUAUCAAAACGUUUGAGCUAGACCUUACUUAAACCAAAUUUAAAUGUAAAACCAAUCGCCGUUUUAAUUUGCAAUAAACUGACCUAAUUAAUUAGUUAAUUCCCCCUUUCAAUUUCUAAUGGCCCAUGUAUUUUUAAAAGUACAUUACAAUUAACAUCUAUUUGCCUUUGUAGAUAGAUUAAAAGCGAAAAAGUCGUUAUUUGUCGACGGAACCAUUGGGGUGUUGCCUCGUUCCAGACCAAAUACGCGGGGUAAGAUUUAUAUUUUAAAACGUAAAGUGCAUUAAUUGACAUUGUAACUUGAGUAUCAACAAGAAAUUUUUCAAUAUCUGUAAUUAAUUUACAUCAAAAUUCAACAUCUGUUAUUAACUUACAUCUAGAUUCAACAAAUAAUGCCAAGGCAGAUUCCUAUCAGUGGUGCACAUGCAAAAUGGUAAAUUGUCUAUAUAUAUAUAUAUAUAUAUAUAUAUAUAUAUAUAUAUAUAUAUAUAUAUAUAUAUAUAUAUAUAUAUAUAUAUAUAUAUAUAUAUAUAUAUAUAUAUAUAUAUAUAUAUAUAAAAUACUCAUAAUUUACGUUUUACACACGCGUAACUUACUUAGCGUGAAUAUUAAGGAUGUUAUUUAAGGAUGUUAUUAAAAUGCUUUAAAAUACGUCCAGAUAAAUGAAGGGCCUCUGCUUAACGUCAAUUAACCUCUGGAAAAUAGGAUAGGAUAAAAAAGUCCUCAUUUAUAAUACUGAUACCGAGCUAUCUGUUUGACAUUAUCUAUCGACAGGAAAGAAACAGAAAAGAGGAGGCAUCCAUGAUACUCUGCGAAACGGAUUAUCCAGAAAAGGUAUAAUUACAGGGUACCAAUUUAGAUAAGUAAAAAUCUAUAGUAAGCUGAGAAAGGAAUACACUGUUGACAUGCUUUUCAUUUUCUUCACUUAACUAUAUAGUGCCCGGGCAAUACUUGGUACCAUUUAAGAUGCCUUGGAUUGCAAAAAGUACCGGAAGGGGACUGGUGAGUUUUGAACACUACAAAAAAAUUAUGUAAAGAAAAUUGUUCAAAAUGUCAUAUAUGCAUUGUUUUCUUCCUACAGGUUUUGUACAUCAUGCAAAUCCUCGGCAUGCAAACCCACGUCAUGACUGAGACUGACUGGUGCACCAUAUGUAUAUAUAUAUAA